ACAUCAGAAUGCCAUCAGUCCCUGUCUAGCACAUGGCUUCACAGUCUCUUUACUGCUCACACAUGUAGGCCUUUGUUGAUAUAUACGUCUCUAUAGCAGCCAGGGGAACAAUUCAACAGUCACUGUUGAGAUCUGAUUUUGCACUGCUUGUUUGACUAUAUCGAUUUGUCCCAAUUUCGGGAUAUAUUGCGACUGGAAAGCUGAUUGAACAACAAAAAUAAUUUGGUCGGACCUGUGACUUAAGAGCCAAAGUAUCAGAAAAUUUUCCCCGAACAAAAGACAAAUCAGUGACUGAACCGGCAAAGAGCCAUAUACAUUAAAUUCCAGUUGAAGCAGUGAAGCAGAAGACGCCUGUGGACAGUACAGUAUACUACCAUGGGAAAUGCUAAGAGCAGCGCCCUUUCCAAAGAGAUCUUGGAGGAACUGAAGCUUAACACAAAGUUCACAGAGGAGGAGCUGUGCCAGUGGUAUGAGAACUUCCAGACUCAGUGUCCCUCUGGACGCAUAACACCAGAAGAGUUUGAAAAGAUCUAUGAACGCUUCUUCCCAGAAAGCGAAGCCAAGGCCUACGCUCAACAUGUAUUCCGUUCGUUUGAUACAAAUGAGGACGGCACUCUGGACUUCAAGGAGUACAUCAUCGCACUGCACAUGACAUCAUCCGGUACCAUGUCAAGGAAGCUGGAGUGGGCCUUCUCACUGUUCGAUGUGGACAAGAAUGGAUACAUCACCAAGGCAGAAGUGGAAAACAUCUGCCAGGCAAUCUUUAAACUAAUCCCUACAGAAGAUCAGCCCAAGUUGCCGGAAGAUGAAAAUACACCAGAAAAAAGAGCCAACAAACUCUGGGGAUACUUUGAGAAAUCAGACAACGACCGGUUGGUGGAAGGAGAGUUCAUAAAGGGGGUGACUGACAAUGAAAAUGCCAUGCGUCUCAUCCACUACAGCCCCAUCAACGCCUAGAAGCCUCCUUUCUUCCUCACCUGUGUAUUCCUCACAUUUGUGGUUCCCUGGUGGAAACCAGGCUUCAUUUUGCAUCUCUGACCCUUCACCUCUGUGUCUCCACUUUACCCGUAUCUCUUUGAUGUCUACUGCAACAAACAAUAAAAUUAAGUCAGGAGAGUAUAUGUCCACUCUCCAAACAAAAACUGUUUUCCAUCUUCUUUUUAAAGGGAGUCCAUGUUACCUCCAUGACUGAUCAAAACACUUUUCAUGACUCUCUCUUGUCCCUCUGCAGCAGCAAUGUUUUGACCAUUCAUUUACAGUAGAGUCAGAGUAUUGAACUGCAAAAUGUAAAGUACAUAUUUAAUAAUGUACAUAAUUUAUCAGCACCCAAGAAUCGUGAUAAUAUCAUGUUGUGAGAUUCCUGGCAAUUCCCUGCCCCAGUUAAAGUCUACUGCCUUUGGAUGUGUUUCAGUUAAACCCUAGAACAGGAAGUACAGUAUAUACAGCUCCGGAAAAAGUAAGAGACCACUGCAUCUUUUUCUUUCCUUUCCAAAAAAAGUGAAAGGGGAAGGUUUUGAGCAAGGAACAGAAGGCUUAAAAUUAAGAGACCACUACGAAUCAAACGCUUCUGUUCCUCACUCAGAACAUUCCUUUUCAACUUUUUUGGAAAAGAAAGAAA